AUGAGUUAUUUUAUGAAACGAUCAAGAUCGCUUGAUUUAAAUUUAAUUCCAAGGGAGAGUUAUCUUGGACGAUGGUCACGUGAAACGACGCCAAAAGAUUCUCAACAACGUUAUGAGCGUAAUGUUCGACGAUCAUAUACACCAGUACGUGAAAUUGGCUCAUUUAAGGUAAUCGAAGAUGAUCGAUUACCACUUACGCUUUAUCGAUCACGUAAUGCACUGGGUAUUAUCACUGCACCAUAUCAUACUAAUAUCAACUACUAUCAAGAACAAUUACCCAUACGAAAAUAUGAUGUUUUCAGCGUUCGUACAUGGUCAUAUCCUAUUUAUAAGUAUUUACAUAGUCGUGAAUUUUCAUCAGCGAGACCAUAUUCGUUUACACGUAUUUAUGGUAAUACAUCAACAUAUACACCGCCAAUGCUUGCUGCUGAAACACGUAGAUUAACACAACGACGUAAUUAUACAGGUUAUACGUAUAUUGGAGCGGAACAUAGUUACGAUAUAACAUCACGUCCUUAUUCACUUGAUAAUUAUCGCACCUGGCGAUCACAUAGUUUUCCACGAAACUAUUCUUAUUAUGGUAAUAGCGGCUUACGACAUUACAAUAGUUAUCGACCACGAACAUUUAUCAGUCGUUUAUCAAAAUAUUGGAAGCCAUAUUUUUAA